UUUAGUUUUUGAAGGAGUAAAAUAUGUAGUCAGAUGACUAGACAAACAACGUCAUACAUCGGCAAAAUGGCAGAUGGACCUUCGAAAAGUGAUAUAAAUGCUAUUUUCAAGCGUUUGCGAUCAAUUCCUACUAAUAAGACAUGCUUUGACUGCAAUAGCAACAACCCCACGUGGGCCAGUGUGACAUAUGGUGUGUUCCUGUGUAUAGACUGCUCAGCUGUUCAUCGGUCCCUGGGUGUUCACGUGACCUUUAUACGCUCCACACAGCUAGACACUAGCUGGACAUGGCUGCAACUUCGUGCAAUGCAAGUCGGUGGAAACGCCAAUGCUACUGCCUUUUUCCGUCAGCAUGGUUGUACAACAUCAGAUGCCCAACAGAAGUAUCACAGCAGAGCAGCCAAGCUUUAUAAAGAUAAACUCCACUCCCUGGCUACAAAUGCCAUGAGACUUCAUGGAACGAAGUUACACAUAGAUAGCCAUCAUGAUCCCACAUCUCCUACUUCAAAAGAGGAAGUUGAUUUCUUCAAGGAACAUGUUGAUAGUACUGAAUCCACACCCAUUGCAGAAAAUCAGAAGCUGUUUAGUGCAUCAGAGCCUCAGCCAAUCAAAAAUGGCAAUCUGAAAAAGGAGGAUUUUGACCCCUCGGAGGGCCCCAGUGUAGAGGCUGCACUAAGUAUGUCACCAACAUCAGCGGCCGCUCAGGCGGAACCACGGAAAUCCAUCAUAGGAGCCAAAAAACCUGCUGGCAGGAAAGGGAAGGGUGGUCUUGGAGCACAGAGGGUGAAAGCAAACUUCUCAGAGAUUGAGAACAAGGCCCAGCAGCUGGACAAGGAGAGAGAGGAACUGGCCGCCAGCCGGGCUGUCCAGGAGGCCAAGUCUGAGGAGGACAAGGCCAAACAAAUGGCAUCCAUGAGAUUAGCCUACCAAGACAUGAGUAUAGAACGGAAGAAACAGGAGGAAAAGUUAAAGCAGUCAGACCCCAAAAAGGCUGAACAAUUAGAGAGGCUCGGCAUGGGGUUCGCUUCCUCAAAGGGGAUGAGCCAUUCAGCCAUGACAGACAUGCAGGUCAUUGAGCAGGAACAGCCAAAUAACUCCCGAUCAAAAUACGACAAAAAGCCCUCAAAGGGGCGGAGCUUUUUUGACGACGAGCUGGACGACUACACUUCCUCUUCCUCUAAGUAUGACCGAGACUUUGAUUUUGACAAGAAGGACUCGUUCGGCUCGUGGGGAAACAACAACAAAUCGGGGAGCUGGGACAUUGACCGCUUUGACUCCAAGCAAAGUUUCUCCGAGACCCUGUCCAGCAAACCCGCGAACGACGACAAACAAGGACGAAGCCGAAAGGCAUAUGACUACAGUUCACAGUCGACAUCGGAGGAAGCCCAGAAGAAAUUCGGCAACGCCAAGUCGAUAUCUUCAGAUCAGUUCUUUGGGAAACCGGAUGCUGAUUAUGAGAUGCGUCAGAAUUUGUCCAGGUUUGAGGGGAGUAACAGCAUCUCCAGUUCUCAACUGUUUGGCAAUGAAUCUGCGGGUCGUAAGAAUUAUUCCAGCAAUGCUCCUGAUCUACAGGAUAUAAAAGACGGAGUCCGACAAGGAGUCACAAAGGUCGCAGGGAAACUUUCAAAUCUAGCCAGUGGUGUCAUGAGUUCAUUACAGGAUUGACAAAGCCUGCCGUAGCUAAGGACAAAUACAGUGGUUGACAAAAGCUUUAUAUCUAAAUUUAUUUAAUAACUGGACUAAUGGUGGCGGCAGGACUUUUAUACCAAACACUCAACGUGGUGAAGACCCUCGCAGAAAAUUACUUCAACUUCUGUGACUUGAUUGAAAUCUAGUCGGUCUACCGCAGGCAGAUUGUCACCCAUUGGAAAAACAUUUAUUUCUAUUUUUUUUUUAAUUUUCACUUCAUUGAUAUUAUAUGUACUGUAUGUGUGUACAUGUCUAUGAUCCAUUCAUUUAAAAGACAAGUUUCUCCCUGGCUUUAUGUACAUGUGUGCUAAUAGUGUUAAACAGCAAAUUUAUCAGCAUGUAGGAUGAAUGAUUCAUAGAAAAGAAAAUGAAUGAAAUAUUAAGUCACAUCUUCCUGUAUUUGUUGUCAUGCUAAGUUUUAAUAGAUGAUUUAUUUACAGAACUUUUUUAUUGUUCUACAUGAUACACAAAAACUAUCAUGAAAAACAUCCGAGUCAGAAUACAUGUCUAUAUACAUGUAUAUACAUGUACUUUGUAUGAAUUGUAUCGUGAGUAAAAGCUAAAAAAUGGAUUAGUUCUUGAGAAAAUACAUGUAUAUAGAGAGAAAAUGUACAGAUACAUUGUUUUAUUUUUGUUCAGUCAAUUAAAUUCAUUGUAAUUAAGUGGAGGACAUUAUUUAAGAAGUAAAACAAUUUAAGAAAUUGCCCCUGUAUAAAUAUGGUAUAAGACUUAGCCAUUUCAUCAAUUUCAUUUUUAAAUUUUCUUUUUUACAAAUUUGCAUGUUCCAUAUCCUGUGCUAAUUGAAGAUUUUGCAUCAUGUCUGUGCAAAAAGUCUUGAAAUAUUUGUUAAAAAAUCUUGAAUGAAUAAUAGCAUAAAAAUACAUUCCUGAUUCUUAUAUUGACUUUUAAACAAAAUCAGUUUUAAUAUUGUCAAAUGUAGCAAUGAGGGAACUUCAUAUUUAUUGUAAUAUAUAUAUAUAUA